AUGUGGCACUACCUCUCCAGCGGUCUUGGAUGGGAUGCAGGUUGCAGCGCAGGACCCGUCGUCUUGGCCGGAGACCUGCGCGAGGGCUUGUUCCGAACGCCCAUGCGCGGCUGGGACAUCAACGAUAAAGGCGGCGCCGUGGAAUGGGAUCCCUACAAGCUCCUGUUGCCAGAUCUGUUUCCAUACCUUGCUGUGGAUGAUUUGUUGCGCUGGCGUGUGAUCUCCCAGCAGACCAGGAGCCCCAAGGCCUUGCUAGAUCACGUGGCCGAGAUGGGCCGGCUGGACAGGUCCGAAGCAGUUACUGAUGUUGUCAAUGCUAGCAUGGCGAAUAUUGCUGACAACCCCGGCUUCGGCAUCACCACGGCCCGUGGAGGCGAUGUCGAGCUGCAGAAGUUCUUCGGUUGUCGUUUGUGGUGCAUGGUGCUGGCAGGUGCCAGCACAACCCACUUUGCUGAAGCUGACGUCCGCUGCAUCCUUCGGAAGAACGUUCGAGACUUGCUUUGGCACUGCCGUGCCGACGAUUCAACGGUAUGCAGGGCUGCACACCGGGCUCUCCAGUGGUACUCGUGUGGAGGUGCGAGCCUCCCUGUUGUGCAGCAGCUGAUCGCAGAAGACAUGCUGGGCCUGAUGGAAGAUCUGCUUUCGGAACCCAGCAGCGACAGCAGCUUAGAGAAGUUGGUGCCCUGCACGUGUCAUCUAAAAAAUGUUGUGCUGUCACUUAGCAAGCUUCAGCGGCAGCAGUGGGCGUCCCUGCUGUUCAGAUGCCUGCGGCGUGAGCCCGACUGCUGGCAAGAAUUGGUUCAGGACCUGCAGAUGCUUUGGCUACAUGAGAAUGAUUUCAUGACCCUUCUGUGCUUGCGAGCUCUCCAGCGCACCGGUCUUCGUGGGAUCUUCUGCGCAGCGUGGUCAGACAUGUCAUUGGAUCUGGUGGAGGGGGAGCCGGAUGCGCAGGCGCUGCGAGCUUGCUGCGAGAACAGGGCUCUGUUCAUGAAGUACGCGCCACAUGGAGUGCUCUUCCCACGCUGCUGCGCCAUCGUCCACCACGGUGGCGCAGGCACCCCCAACGCCUCGCUGAGGCCUGGUGUGCCAACAGUGAUUCUCCCCAUUUGCUUCGACCAGCCUGAACACGCGGAGCGCAUCAACUGCCGUGGCCUAGGCGUGGGCCCGAAGACCAUGUUCGAGCUCCAGCCCUCCGACGUCGCCGAGUGCAGCAUCGUUGAGACGAGCGCUCGAGGCGAGCUGCAGAUGCAAUCUUAA